AUGAAUCUUCCAGUAAAGCCAAUCGACAGCUGGUCAAGAGGAAUUCAGCGUCAGCAUGAAUGUUCCAGUAAAGCCAAUCGACAGCUGGUCAAGAGGAAUCCGCCGUCGUCUUCUGCUGGAACCAACAUUCGAAUCUUUUCACCCAACACUUUCACUCGAAAUGGAAGUCAGCUCAACAAUUAUGAAACAAGAGAUGCCUCGAAACCCAACUUUUCUUCACACAAUUUAUGUGCCCUUUUGGUGAAUGCACCGUUAAGCCAUCACACCAGCUGCUCACCUUGCUCCCCUCCUUUUCGAGUGGCUGAUCCUACUCUAAUCUCCUGUCCGUAUCUGCCUCAUUGGCUCGUAGGUCCGUUUCUUAUCUUUCUGCUUGGCCGAUCUCACUCAAUUCCAGCUCCUGUCUACUCUUUAAUCCAGGCACUAUUACACAAGCCUGCAGGAGCACGUACAAUGUCGUCUCGUCUACAAAGCGCCUAG